ACCAAUUACACUAACGUGCCAAAACCGUUCUAACAAAGUAGCAAAACAUGAAACGUUCCUAUAUAGAUUACUUAAUUGUGGUAUGACAAAAAUGAAGACAAAUGUCCAUAUUUCACGUUCUAUAAAUAACAUUAAAUUGCCAUAUUGCCAGAAUGUAUUUCCUGUAUCUGUAUAGGAAAUACAUUUUGUAUUAACCAUAUUAUGCACACCUGCAACUUUCUUAUACUAUUUUCUUGCUCCCUGUGGACUCUGUCUUCAUUUAUCCAUGUUUUUUUCUCUAUGUGUCUUGGCAGAAUAAACAAUUAAUAAGACUUUCAAUUUGAUAUAUUUUUGAGAUGUUAUGCAUGUAAGAUCAAAGAUUUGGACAGAUUAAGGCUGUAAAUGGGAGAAAUAGUAUCCGAGCCCUCAGGGUAAAGUGUGCAGGCUGCAGCUUGUCAGUCUAGCGCACACCUCCAAGUUCUUCACCAACCUAAAGUUCCUACUUGUACACUCUGCCAAAAAAGCAGCACGCUGAGGAUUCCUCGCUUAGGAGAGGCAGCGCUAAAACUCUCAUUUAAUGUGCUGUCACAAUCAGCAUGGCCUACUCUCACAUCAACAUGACCAACCGCUCCAACUCCAGCUCUUUCUGUCGAUUUAACGAAGACUUUAAAUUCAUUCUCCUUCCCGUCAGCUAUGCCCUGGUUUUCGUCAUUGGUCUGGCGUUGAACGCCACAGCUCUUUUUGUGAUGGUGUUCCGUACAAAGCGAUGGAAGCCUUCCACCAUUUACAUGUUCAACCUGACGAUGUGUGACACACUCUACAUCUUCACUCUUCCCUUCCUCAUCUUCUACUAUGCCGACGAGAACGACUGGCCCUUCAGUGAGCCGAUCUGCAAGCUGAUACGCUUCCUGUUUUAUGCCAACUUGUAUGGUUCUAUUCUAUUCCUCUGCUGCAUCAGUCUCCAUCGGUUUCUUGGUAUCUGCCAUCCGGUCCGCUCGCUCAGCUGGGUCAGUGCUCGUCGGGCCAGGCUGGUGUCUGUAGCAGUGUGGGCAUGUGUUUUAUUCUGCCAGGCUCCAAUUCUCUACUUUUCAAGAACAAGGGCUGUAAAGACAGAGCGAAUCUGCUAUGACACCACCAGUCCAGAGCUUUUUGAUGACUUCCUGGUGUACAGCUCAGUCGUGUCAGUGAUCAUGUUUGCCUUGCCCUUCAUGGUGGUGAUGGUUUGCUACGGCCUCAUGGUUCGGAAGCUUCUGGAGCCCGGCUGGGGGUCUAAUGAGAGAGGUGAAGGUGAAGGAGGUGGUCUGAAGGCACAACAGUCAAAGCAGAAGUCUGUGAAGAUGAUCAUUAUUGUGCUGGCGGCGUUCAUGCUGUGCUUCCUUCCUUUUCACCUGACCAGAAGUCUUUACUAUUCAUUUAGAUACCUGAGACAAGUGAAUCCAUCACAGAUCAGCUGCAGUUUGCUGGAGGCUGCCAGUGUGGCCUACAAGGUGACGCGACCGUUAGCCAGCGCCAACAGCUGCGUGGACCCCAUCCUUUACUUCCUGGCGGGACGGGACGCUCGCAGCACUCUCACCAAGAAGGGCAAACUGUCCUCACAGAAACCGACCACGUGCCAUUUUCGGACCACAAAACUCUGAUCCCCUGUCUAAGACUUGAGUGGAUUCAUUCUUAUGCAGCUUUUUAAAGCAGCUCAGAUAUUUGGAGCAUCUUCGUGGAGCCUGGCAUUUGUCUGAUCUUUUGUAAGUUGCUUCCUGACAGAGAACAUCAUUUAUAAGAUAUUUGAUCUCUACCUCUAUCCACAUUCCAUAUCCACACAGCCAGUAACCUGUCUUGCCUGUUCCAACUGGAAGGACAUAAAGCCUCCUUAUACAAGUCUUGCUAGUGAAGUAAUAAUGUCUGUUUAUAGCCGAAAUAAGAAUAAAUUAUUAAAUUACUAAUUUAAUUCACAAAGCUUUGAUUUGUUAGAAAUGUCAGUAGGACUUACAGUAAAAAUAAUGUUUUCAAUAUGAAGAUACAAUUCCAAACUAGCAAGUGCUUUUGUCACUGUACUAAUUGAAUAUCUUUGACUAUUUCUGCUUAUUUGCUCAAUAUCCCAAUUGAUUUGCAUAUAUGUAAAUAGUCAAUACUUUCAUUUAUUUUUGUUAGCUCCAAAGGAAAUCUCUAAUAAGCAACCUAAAGUACCACCAAUGGUACCAAGGUUUGACAAUCAUGAGUCAAGUCCUUGUAAUGUGUAGAGAUCAGCAGUAGGGGGUGGUAGUUAUGAAGGAAUAUUGGUUCUUCAAGCUCCUGUUCCUCUCACACACUCUAACAACAAACAUAUCUCACAUGCACACAUGUCAAACAACAUUAGGCUAUGGAUCAUCAACAAUGAAACAGUUUAAAAUACAGCUCUUCUUUAUUUCAUGAGUAAAAACAGCAUACAGAAAUAGAUGUGAUAUAGUAAAAUGAAGCAUGAUAUAAAUAAAUACCAAAAGUCUGAUGAGAUGUUUUUCUUCCUUCCUGCCUAGUUUGAAAACAUUUAAUGCUGACAACAGCAAAGCAAUAAAAUCAGAUGAAAACAUAUGAUCAUCAGCUUGGGAUAAUAAAUGCCCUCUCCUCUACAUAUGUUGUGUUACUUUUAACAGCAUAAUAUGAGCAUAAUAAAGUAAUUAAAUCUGAUAAUAGCACAAUCUUGGAAACCUAUGAGAAUGUAAACUAAAGCCUGUUUAGGGGUCCGGACUACCUGCAAUUUGUUAGUUUAUUAAGGAACUAAAAUGUGAGCUUGUGUAGCUCAGGAUGAAAGAAAAAAACACUGAUAUGUUUAACCAUAGAUUAAGGGUAGAAAACCGUUUCAGACAGCAGUUCAGCUUAUAUGAAUGACAGAAUCCUGUCACUGGUGCAGUGCAGCUGUUCACCCCUGAAUGACCUCAUACGUACUAGGUGUUAGAGUAUAAAAUCAAAAUAAAGAGUUUACUUGUG